GAUUAACCAUGAACCAACGCUAAUUACUGCAUCAAUUAACCCUAAUGAAGAAUUUCAAUCCUCAUACUCAAACUUUGGAACCCCACAUAUUAAUAAUUCUAUCACUACCAUUCUUUCUUUCGGAACUACCGAACCAUUCAUUAGUCAAGUACAAACGUUAGGUGAUCAAAAUAUCGCGUUAAUUGACCCUCAUGAAUCUUCUUUUAGAACUACUGAAUCAUUCAUUAACCAUGAACCAACGCUAAUUACUGCAUCAAUUAACCCUUAUGAAGAAUUUCAAUCCUCCUACUCAAACUUUGGAACCUCACAUAUUUAUAAUUCUAUCACUACCAUUCCUUCUUUCAGAAUUGCCGAAGCAUUUAUUGACCAAGAACUAACACCAAAUCAUCAAAAUACUACACCAAUUAAUAUUUAUGAAACUACUGCUGAAGAAUUUCAAUCUCCUUGUUCAAACUUCGAAACCUCACAUAUUUUUAAUCAUAUCACUUCUUUCGGAACUACAGAGCUAUUCAAUGUCCAAGGACAAACGUUAAAUGAUCAAAAUAUCACGUCAAUUAACCCUUAUGAAUCUUCUUUUAGAACUACUGAAGCAUUUAUUAAUCAUGAACCAACACCAAUUAUCACAUCAAUUAACCCUUAUGAAGAAUUUUAA